UCCAAAUACAAGAACCAAUGGAACUACAAAGCGAAGGGUCGGAACACCCAAGGGGUCUCAUACAACCAAGCCCGGCAGAAAAAGAAAAGGACCCAAUAUUAAUGGAAACCUCACCCCUUAUGGCGGACAAUUACCCUGGCUGCCGGCCAUUUAUCAGGGAAGCCUUUGUAAAGAAAGGGUUUCCCGAAGAGGCCAUUGCAUCCAUAGUAGCAUCAGUAGCUGACAGUACACUAAAACAAUAUGACACCUGGUUUAAAAAAUGGUGGGGUUUCUGUUGUGACAUAAAUCACGAUAAAUGGUCCUACGACCUUACUACCUUUAUUAAAUUUCUAAGUAUACAAGUAGAUAACUCUAACUCUUAUUCGUCCAUUAACGCGUGCAAGUCAGCAUUAUCCUUUGUACUCCCCAUCGACACUCGAGAUGAGGGAAUAAUUAAAAGAUACUUAAAAGGCAUUUAUAACCAAAGGCCACCAAGGCCAAAAUACAAUACAACCUGGGAUCCUCACCCAGUACUGAGUCUGUUAGAAAAUAUGUUUCCUUUAAGUACUUUAUCCUUAGAAAAGUUAUCACAUAAGUUAGUUACUUUGUUAGCAAUUAUUACGGCGCAUAGAGUACAAACAUUCUCAAAAAUUAGAUUAAGUUAUAUAAAUCAGUUUGAUGAUAGGAUCGAAAUACUGAUCCCAGAUACCGUCAAAACUAGCGGGAAAAAUAAAUUUCAACCUGUGCUAAAGUUACCAUUCUUUAGAGACAAACCAGGGUUGUGUUUAGCAUCUACGGUUUUAUUUUAUCUAAACACAACUAAAAGCCUCCGCGCCGAUAAUAAUGAUUAUUUAAUACUGACACACAGGAAACCUUAUCAUACGGCCACAAGCCAAACGAUAAGUAGAUGGAUCCGCUCGACUCUAAAAUCCGCGGGUGUUGAUACAAGCAAAUUUUCAGGCCACAGCACUCGGCAUGCCUCAACUUCGGCCGCAUACCGAGGCGGAGUUAACAUUGAGGAAAUAAGAAAAUAUGCAGGAUGGACUGAAAAAUCAAACGUUUUUAAUAAAUUUUAUAAUAAACCAAUAUCAACACCGGCGGAUCUCUUUGCAAAAGGGGUCCUCCAAGGAUCCAGUAUUACCUGUUAAAAUAAGAGUUCCUUACUUUAAGAUUUAGUGCGUUCUGUUCCUUGUAAUUACGUUAUAUACCUAUAUGUUUGUUACAAUGUAAACAUACAGUUUAAUGGUUAUAUUAUUAUAUUUCGUUACACACCUUUAAAAGGUGCCUUUCCUAUAAAUAUAUACAAAUUACUUAAGUAUAUAUUAUACAAAGCUUAUAGGGAAUAAAGCUAUUUUCUAGA